AUGGUGCGCAUCAUCAUCAAGGGUGGCGUGUGGAAGAACGUGAGUCGCUGUACUGCUCCUCGCAAAGAUGCUCGAGCGUUUGCUGACACCAUUGUCCCUCUCACAUAGACGGAGGACGAGAUACUGAAAGCUGCCAUUUCCAAGUACGGCAAGAAUCAGUGGGCUCGAAUCUCAUCCUUGCUGGUGCGCAAGACGCCCAAACAGUGCAAAGCUCGAUGGUACGAAUGGCUGGAUCCCUCCAUCAAAAAGACGGAGUGGUCCAAGGAAGAGGAUGAAAAGCUGUUGCACUUGGCCAAGCUGAUGCCUACCCAAUGGAGGACCAUCGCUCCCAUCGUUGGUCGAACUGCCACACAGUGUUUGGAGCGGUAUCAGAAAUUGCUGGAUGAGGCUGAGCAGAGAGAUGGAGAGGAAGGUUCGAGUGCAGGGCUGGGGCUUGCCGGACCCAGCGGACCCGAAGGCGCUCCUACGGCAGACGACGUGAGAAGAUUGAGACCGGGAGAAAUCGACCCGGAUCCCGAGACGAAGCCUGCCAGACCUGACCCUAUCGAUAUGGAUGAAGAUGAAAAGGAGAUGCUCAGCGAAGCGCGUGCGCGUCUAGCCAAUACUCAGGGAAAGAAGGCCAAGAGGAAGGCGAGAGAGCAGGCACUGGAGGAAGCGAGACGCCUCGCAUUACUCCAGAAGAGAAGAGAACUCAAAGCGGCAGGCAUCAUGUGAGUCUCUAAUCUUUGAGCUGCGCGUGGCUUGAAACUUCGUCUCAACGAUUCACUGCUCCCUACAGUAUGCGACCAAAGAAACCAAAGAAGGGCAUGGACUACAACGAGGACAUUCCCUACGCCAAAGCGCCAGUGCCGGGCUUCUACGACACAUCGGACGAAGCAUCGCGCUCGUACCGCGCUCCUGUAGGUCAGACGCUAGCACAGCUCGACGGCAAGCGCAAGGAGUCAGCAGAAGAGCGCAAGCGCAAGACGAACGAAGCUUCUGCUGCGGGCGCGCAAAAGGGAAAAGAUGCCUCCGCCGCGCAACGAGAGGAACAAAUUAGGAAGCUCAAAGAAGCAGAACAAAUUUCAAAGAGGCGCAAGCUGAACCUGCCGGAUGCUCAGGUGGGCGAGAGAGAGGUUGAGCAGAUCGUGAAGUUGGGACAUGCAGGAGAAAUGACGCGUGGACUGGUGCAGGAUGGAAACGAGGCGAGCGAGGGUCUGCUUGGGGAGUACACCCCUCUAGAUAGAGCCAAGCAAGCCAGGACCGCCAGGACCGCUCCCGAAGGUAAGUCAUGGCAACAUGCUUUGAGCUCGCCAGACAGACAGCUCUAACGGACCUGCUUCUCAUCUAUAGAGGACACAGUCAUGCGCGAGGCGCGAAACCUGCGCAACAUGACUGCCGCACAAACGCCUCUGCUGGGAGAAGCAAACGCGCCCUUGCUCGAAGGCACCGGCGCCGCGAGCAUGACCCCACGACAAGGCGUUGCUCAGACUCCCAAUCCGCUGUUGACCCCCAUGCACACCGGCAGAGAUGUGGGGCCUGGCGCUACACCAAUGAGCGUGAGGGGCGCCAACGGAGCUGUGGGCUACCCAUCUGCUACUCCUCGAUCUGAAGUGGGCUCCACGGUGGCGGAUGGCCGCACACCUCUACGCACGCCCCUUCGCGAUAAUUUAGGCUUGAAUGCCGAAGAUCGCCUGUCGUCGAUAGCUGACACACCUCGAGAUGCCAAGCGGGCUCUGGCUGCUUCUCGAAGAGAAUUGCAAGCUGGCCUGAGCAGCUUGCCCGCGCCCAAGAACGACUUUGAGCUGGUCAUGGAUGAGGAAGAGGGUGGAGGUCAGGGUGAAGAGGAACUGGCCGAUAUGGUGACUUUGAGCGAAGAAGAUGCGGCUGAGCGCGAUGCACGGCUAGCCAAGUUAAGAGAAGAACAGAGAAUCAAGGAGCUGGCUCGGAGGACUCAGGUGGUCCAGAGGGGCUUGCCGCGGCCUGCCAACGUGGAUGCACAGGUUCUUGCAAAGUUGUUUGCAGCUUUGCCUUUGGAAGAUGCGCACGAUGCUCAGAGUCGCGCUCGCCAACUUAUCAAUGCGGAAAUGGUCAGGCUUUUGCAUCACGAUUCCGUCGAGCAUCCUAUACGGGGCAGUCGGACGCCUGGAGGUGCCAAAUCCAGUCUACCGCUGAUCGAGGAUCAAAGAUUGCAAGAAGCCAGGUCGCUGGUCCACAGCGAGCUUGCGCAGAACUUAGGAUACCCUGGCGCCAAGCCCGACGUGCUCAAGAGACUCACCGCUUCUUCCCUGGACGCCAGCAGUGAGGAUGGAGCAGCUCGACUGGAAGCGUUAGAAGCUGCGCUGGAGCAAGGACGCAAGUCUGUAGCGUGGGAUGCGCGCGCAGGCGCAUGGGUAGAUAAGUCUUUGUUGAGCGAGCAACAAAUGCUAGCGGGCCUGGAAGCUAGAUUGGAAGCUGCGAGAUCUGCCAUGAGUCAACUAUCCACCUCGGCUGCCAAAGAUGAGAAGCGACUGGGCAAGAUUUUGGGAGGGUAUCAGGCGCGAAGCAAGGCUCUUUCGGACAAGAUCAAGGAGACGAGCAACGCGCUCGUGGAAGCUUCUGUGGAGCGAGCUGCGUUUGAACGAUUGCAGGAGGAUGAAGGACCGGGUAUGGCGGAGAGGACGGAGAAGUUGAUGAAAGAGGUGAGGAUGCUGGAGAAUAGGGAGAAUGAAGCGCAAGCAAAGUACAGAGACAUGGAUGAGGAAAGGAGACGUGUUCAGGCUGCGGUCUUGAGCUUGCAGGAGGAGCUGGACAUGAGGGAAGCGGAGAGACUGAAUGAGGAGGCUGUGGAUUUGAACGGAUGA